CGGCACGGAAGAGCGGCGAGAUGCUCAACCGCAAGACCAGCCACUUUUUGGGAAUGAGGGUGCAGUCGGAGCUUGAACAUCUCUCCGAGCUGCGGCGGGAAGCGGGGAAGGAUCGCAUCUCAGUGCGUGGGUCGGCCGCGCGGACGAGAGCGAGUGUGCGGACCCAGUCGACGGCGAUGGCGGCGGCGGCGGCGGCGGCGGCGGCGGCGGCGGCGGCGGCGAAAGCGGAUGAAGACGCCGGAGCCAACUUGUUCCCGCCGCCGCUGCCCCGACCCCAGAUCUGCAUGUGGAAGUACCUGGACAUCCAUUCCAUGCACCAGCUGGAGAAGACUACCAGUGCUGAGGAGAUGAGGCAGGUGUUGGCUGAGCUGCUGGAGCUAGGGUGUCCUGAGCAGAGCCUGCGGGACGCCAUCACCCUGGACCUCUUCUGCCAUGCGCUCAUCUUCUGCCGCCAGCAGGGCUUCUCACUGGAGCAGACGUCAGCGGCUUGUGCCCUGCUCCAGGAUCUUCACAAGGCUUGUAUUGCAACCCCCUUGGGCAACGUGGAGGAGUGCUACCGCUACUUCACCAGCGUUCUUUUUUGCCAUGGAGUCAGGCGGCCUCCUUUCAGCAUCGACCUCUUCAAAGAGGAACAACUGCUGGCCCUGGAAGACUACGUGGUCAACACUUACUUCCGCCACUUCAAACUCUAUAAAUACGUCUUCACACCCCAGGUGCGGCUGGAUCUGUCUUUGACUUACAUGGGGCUACAGCCACCCAAACUGUGGCCAGAGAGUGAGAUGGAGAAAGAAGAAAGCAAGGAGGUGGAGGAGCAGGCAGUUACCCCGCAGGAAGAGCAACUAGAGACAGUGGCCCCACCAGAGCCGGAGCCAAGCCACGUCCACGUCCUCCGAGCCUACAUCAAGACCCAAGUGAACAAAGAGCUGGAGGAGCUCCAGCGGCUGGUGGAAGAGCAGCUCAAGGCCAGCGAGGAAAGGCUCAGCAGCAAGUUGACUGCACUAGAGCGGCCAUUCCAGCUACCUCUGGGUAAAGGCAAGAGCAAGACCAAGUGACCCCCAGCAUUUUCCCCAAUAAAGGUCUGGGCCAGAAUGGCCCCAUCCCUGCA